AUGUUCAUCUCACUCGUUCGACCUGUCAGCUUCCGAGCACAGAACGCACCUGGUGCUGGAAACAGGUGUGUGCCCAGUACGAGUCGUCUAGCACGACCGUGCCUAAGGCUUAGCGGGGAAGGCUUGGGCUCAGGGGCUGCGAGGCAAGCUUUUUCUGGACUCUCAAGAGCUCUUGCAGGGCUCUUGGCCUCCGUCUGGUUGCUUGCGGAUCCAACGGUCACACAAAGGUCCCUGGCUUUUGCGGCAAACCCGUACGACCUGGGCACAGACCGGGGCGUACAGGCAGUUAUGGUGUGUCGGGAGCUACUUGAGCCCAUCCCACGGUAUGUGGAGAGCGGUUCCUGGGACAAGGCUCGGUCCAACGUCAACUACUGUACACGAACGCUGCGGCUACAUACUGCGCUCCGGGCCGUAACCGACCGCUUGCUAACACCAGAGUACGAUUUGGAGAAGCACGAAUCUGCGAUGCGGGUAAGCAGUGACCUCCCGAACGUGAUGACCCAGCUGGAUGCAACGCUUUACACACCUAUUUUCAUGGCGAGCGAUCAGGGUGUCUCGCCUGCACAACGCAAAUAUGGAGAUGAGGCGCUCGGAUAUUUAGAGCAGGCGAAACAAAUGCUGGAUCAUUACCUGAGUCUUCUGCCGUCUGAGGUUAGGGCUCGAAACGCAGCGGCUGCAGCACAAAUGCGCGUUCCACUAGAGCGCCAGUAG